AUGAAUCAAUGUAGUCUUUGUGAGAGACGUUUUUCACGAAAAGCUGACCUAGCACAACAUUAUAAUCAGCUUCAUCCAUACCUUAAACAUUCAUAUACAUCGAAUUGGAUCCAAAACCAACAACAGUUGAACUCUGUACCGCAAACACCACAAUUUUCUAUUAGUAAUAAUAUUUGGAAUGAAAUCGGGGAUUUGGGUGAUUUUUUACAAGCUAAGAUAAACCGAGAUUAUGAUAAAAGAGAAGUUGAUGAUAAUAGCGAUAAAUCAGAAGGGAUAUCGAACGAAAACGUUGAUGGUGGAUCGAAUGAAAACGUUGAUAAUGAAACUGACAGUGGAACCGAUACUAAUGUUGAAAAUAAUGGAAAUAAUAGAAUUAAUAAAAGUAUGAAAGGUAAUGAAGUUGAUAGUGAUGAUGAUGAGAGAUUCAAAUGGAUAAAUAAUAAUGAAAAUGAAGAUUUUUAUAGAGUGGGUUUAAACGAUGCAUAUGAAGACUUAUGUAAUAAUAAAAUUGAUGUAAUCGAGACAUUAUGGCCGAGCGAAGUAUAUAAAGAGUUCAUGACAGCUGUCACACAACAUCGUCUUUCAGAUGCAGCUGCUGAUUCUAUGUUACGCAUAAUUCGAAAAUAUUGUACCGAACCUCUUCCUGGCUCCACUCGAAAAGGUAGAAUGUAUAUGGAUCAAAUGAAUAUUAAAGAUUUUAAUAUAAAAAUGAAAGAUAUGGUUGAGUUUGAAGGAAAAAUUUACAAACUUCAAUAUCGACCAAUUAUUGAUGCUAUUAAAAUUCGUGUUUACUCUGAACAGAAUAGUGCAAAUUGGUGGCGUGAAAGACAGAAUUCAUUUAGUAAGAUUUUAGCGAUCAUGAUCUAUAUUGAUGGCACAACACUUGAUUCUUUAGGAAGACAAUCGGAAUAUCCAAUCUUUUUAACUCUGGGUAAUAUUCCAAACUGGCGUCGGAAUUCUCCUGAUGCUAAAGCUUUAGUUGGUUUUCUUCCAUAUUUAAUUACUCGUAAUAAUAAAUUAAAAGGGUCCACAAUAUUUAGACAGAUGCAACGAAAGCUAGAACAGCAUUCUUUUGAAUAUUUAUUAAGUCCACUACUUCAAAAAAAUGGCAUCUACUUAGCAAUAAAUGGAAGAAUUGAACAUUUUACUCUGCACUUAUCUGCUAUACUUGCAGACAUGUCAGAAGCACAAAAUAUUUGUUGUACGUAUAAAUCAUAUCGUACACAAUGUCUUUGCUAUAAAUGUCUUACACCUGGUGAUCAAUUAAAUAAUAUGAAUAUUGAACAAAACUCCAUUGUUUUACGUGAUAAUAAUAAUAUGCGCGAAGCUAUUCUUUCAAAUAAUGCUACUGAAUGUUCUAUUUAUGAAUAUAAUAAUUUUUUUUGGAAAUUUCAGACAAAUAUUUAUGAUGCGACAGCUAUGGAUCGUAUGCAUCUUCAGGAAAUAGGUUUAUGUCCAUAUAUGCUUGAUUACAUCGGGAAAAUUUUUAGGGGUUAUAUGUCAAUGAAAAGAUCACGUGAUAAACAUCGAUAA